AUGGAUCCUUUAAUGAUUAAAUUUGAUGAUAAAAAUUGCCGUAAUGAGUUUAUUGAAAAGUUAGAAAAACGUCGAUAUAAAUUGCAACAAACAAGAGCUUUAGAUUUAUAUCAUCAAGAAGAUGAUCAAAAAAUUAUUUGUGCUAAAAUAGAUAAAAAUAUCAAUGAAUAUAAGCAGUCGACAAGUAAUUUAGAUAUUGGUAUGAAUAAUAAAAUAUACUUCAAUGAAACAGCAAUUGGUAUAAUUUUCUUCUCUCUUUGUCCUCUCGAAUCAAAGGGAUUUGAGGGAUACUGACGAUAUUAGAGGACCUGAUUUUUGCUUUUUAUUAAGUGUAUUUGAAUGAUAUUGGGGAUUAAAGAUAGUUUUUACAUCUAACAGUGAGAUUAGUGGAGUUAAACGAUAACAGUGCAAAAAUAUUGCGUACC